AUGGAUGAAAGUAAUCGCCAUCAACAACAACAGACACAGCAGGUCCAGCAGCAGUUCAUACGAUCGCAAGAUAGUUCUCAAGGAUCCGUAGGUGCAGUACAGAAUAUCGGUGGCACUGUGCAUGAAUCUGGAAUCAGUGAGCGGCGUGGAUCGUCACCAUCGUCACCGGAAAUCCAUCGAAAUGAAGCAGUAGAAGUUGUGGAUCUUCUUGAGGAGCUUCUUCGUAAAGUUGAAGUUGGGAAUUCGGAUCAUCGACAACAAACUGAUGCAUCGUCAAAAAUAGCGAACACUCAAGCAGAACCACUACCACUGGAGCCAUCAAAAACAGGACGAGAACCUGAUAAAAGCAAUACUGCCAGCAGCUCCAUCUCCAUAGCUAACGAGCUUCGCGAAGAAAAAAGAAACGAGAAAAUACUCCGAAAAGGGACUGCUUUUCUUUUGCAAAUGAUGAGAGAAGAGAAUCAACGAGAUGCGCAAAAAUCCGUGCCUAAAGGCCAAGGGACUCCGAAAAGUGAUAGUUCAAACUCGAACCUCACUGGCAAUGAGGAGCGAUCGUCUCGAGCAUAUGAGAAUACGAGACGCGAUGACAUCUCGUUAACAACAAAGCACCGAGCAAGACCGAAUGAUGCUGAGGACGUUGUUGUUGCGGUGAAACGAUCUAAACUGUCGUUGGAUUUCGAGAAGAUGACACUUUUACAACGUGAAAGUGCAGUAUUCAACGAUACGAAAUACAAACAAACGUUCGGAUUUUCGUUUCCGGGCAACAUUUGCAAUAAUUAUGUACGAUGUUGUAAGUGGAGUGCGAGUGGUGAGUACUUGUUGACGUCGAGUCAAGAUCGUUUGGUUCGGGUUUUCCAGCUGAACGACACUCAGAAGCAGGUAACUUUGCGAAAAUCGAUUCCAUUAGGUGAUUUAAUCUACGAUUGUUGUUGGCAUCCGUCAAGAGAUCUUCUCGCAACAUCCAGUAAGGAUCAUCCAAUUCAUCUUUGGAGCACUGACGGUGAAUUGGUAAAAGCACUGCAUGGCAUUAAUCAUUUGGAUGAGUUGAGUAGUGCCUAUUCAAUGUGUUUUUCAUUGGACGGACGUUUGCUAUAUGGUGGAUAUAAUCGAAUGAUCCGAAUUUUUGAUUUACAUGCUGGUGGACGUCGUCAAAUUCGCGAACUGCAUACCUGGAAGAAGAACGUUGGUGGUCAGCGAGGAAUCGUAUCAUGUAUAGCAAUGAACCCGAGCUUUUCGGGUCUUUACGCAGUCGCCUCGUAUGGUCGUACUUUGGCGAUCUACUCAGAUUUAACCGCUGCUGCUGUGUGUUCAUUCGAAACGCCCUGGCAAGGAACCACGUUUAUUCGCUAUUCAUCAGAUGGCAAUUUCCUGUUUACGGCUGCUCGGAAGAAUGAUUUAAUUACGUGUUGGGAUUUACGUUUCCCUGGUCAAGCGGUUGGCUGUGCGAGAAGGCCAUCGUCAACGAAUCAGACGAUAUACUUUGAACUUGACAGUUCGGAUGAAUUUCUGCUCAGUGGUAGUUCAUCAGGCGAGAUACACGUAUUCGAUCUGAAACAAUUGCACAAUGCUGGUAAAAGUAUCAGUAAUAGUGUUGCUGAUCAACCGGAACCAAUUGAUGCAUCCCACAGAAUUAAAUCACAUCGGAGCACGCUUGCUGGUAUCAGUUUACAUCCAAAUGGCCGUUUACUGGCAACCUGUAGUGGACAACGAGUUUUUCCGAUGCCCAUGACUGAAGGCAACGAAAAUGAUGAUGAAGAUGAUGAGAAUGGUGGUAGCAACAACCUAUCAAAAACAGUUGAUAACGAGCGAGUAUCAAGCGUUGAAGAGCGUUUCAAUUAUGAAACAGUCAAUUGCUCUGAUCAAUUAGACAAUUCGUUGUGUUUGUGGUCAUCAUGA